AUGUCUGGAGUACUAACUGAUCCCCAAGAACAGUAUGACCUUAUCACCAAGAACCUUCAGGAAGUUCUGAACCCUCAGAUCAUAAAAGAUGUUCUAGAAAAAGAAAAAAGGCCCUUGAAGCUUUACUGGGGAACUGCCCCCACCGGCAGACCUCACUGUGGUUACUUUGUCCCAAUGACCAAGCUUGCCCACUUCUUGAAGGCCGGUUGUGAAGUCAAAGUGCUGUUAGCCGAUCUGCAUGCCUAUUUGGAUAAUAUGAAGGCUCCUUUGGAGGUCGUAGCUUACAGAGCCAAAUACUACGAAUUUGUGAUUAAGGCUAUUCUUCGAUCCAUUAACGUCCCAAUAGAAAAACUGACGUUUGUAACUGGUUCUUCAUAUCAACUAACCCCUGAAUAUACUAUGGAUAUAUUUAGAAUCUCGAACAGCGUUUCCCAGAAUGAUGCAAAGAGAGCUGGUGCCGACGUGGUCAAACAGGUUGCAAAUCCUCUCUUAUCUGGUCUGAUUUACCCACUAAUGCAAGCAUUGGAUGAAGAACAUUUGAAGGUGGAUGCCCAGUUUGGAGGUGUCGACCAGAGAAAAAUCUUUGUUUUGGCUGAAGAGAACUUACAAUCUUUAGGAUACAAGAAGAGAGCCCACCUUAUGAACCCUAUGGUGCCUGGUCUAGCCCAGGGAGGCAAGAUGUCUGCUUCAGAUCCGAACUCAAAGGUUGACGUCAUUGAAGAACCAAAAUCUGUGAAAAAGAAGAUAAACACUGCCUUCUGCGCUCCAGGUAAUGUUGAAGAGAAUGGACUGUUGUCAUUUGUUGAGUAUGUUCUGGCUCCAAUUUAUGAACUAAAACAUGGUAGUGGGUUCCAAUUCCACAUCGACCGUCCAGAAAAAUAUGGCGGCCCAGUAGACUAUUCCUCUUUUGAAGAACUGAAGCAAGCCUUCAAAGACGAGAAGCUGGCCCCUCCCGACUUGAAAUCUGGUGUAGCUGAUGCAAUCAACGAGUUACUACUUCCAAUUAGGGAGGAGUUUGCCAAUAAUAAAGAAUUUCAAGAAGCAGAGGCCAAGGGUUACCCACCUCCAAUCAUUGAAAAGAAGAAGAAGGAAAAGAAGGUUAAGAACAAGGGAACCAGAUACCCUGUGGAUUCUACUGCAAAUAAAACUGCUGUUCAACCUGAUGUGCAAAGCACAACCGAAUCUUUGGAAAACACCACUUUGGAGUCUAAAUAG